AUGCGAUCAAUCAUUAUGCCUUCAAAUACCAUCGGCGUCCUCGUGGCGUGUAUACUGGGUUCAUUCCUUCACAACACCGCGAACGCUUCACUGAUGGGGAAGAAAGAUACCGUGCACAGAAUACAAAAGGUUCACGUGGUUGAGGAUUCCGUUCUUGAAAGGCGUGCGUUGACCUGUCCGGUCGACCAUCACUCAUGUCCAGACUCGCUGGGCGGCGACUGCUGUCCCCAGCGGUAUGGCUGUGCCGCUGAUGGUUGCUUCGUCACCACGGCAGGGACCGGCAUGGCCUGUGGGAGAAGGGGAUACUAUAACUGUCCCCUAGAAGCCGGCACUGGAUGUUGUCCUGAAGGUUACGUAUGCGAAAGGGGCGGUAUAUGCUCUCCUCCUGAGGGCGUUACGUACAGCAUCGAAUGUCCCGCCGAUAACUUUCAGUGCCCCAUGUCCGAUGGAGGGGGGUGCUGCAGGAGCGGAAUGGCUUGCGGGAAAAACCUGUGCUAUGCGACCACCCCUCAGACUUUUGUCUUUACAAGGGCUUCUACCACCGUUACGAGCGGUAGAACCACGACAGUUACAGCCGUGAUCACAACAGUGUCAACCCCCAUUCCUUCGGCGAUUCCCAGUGAUACAAACUUUGGUCUCCCCAAACUAUUUGUCACUUCGGUUCCCAAGGUUGAACCUGUCGAAGCCCCAGAAGGCUCCGGGGGGCUCACCAGCGCCCAGAUCGGCGGUAUUGCUGGAGGUGUCGCAGCCCUUGUGGUCAUUGUACUGGUCGCAACAUUCCUCGUUUUCCGCCGGCUCAGGAAGCACGAGAGGGUCAUCGCAGAGUCGACAGCCAUCGGGACGUCCUCUGUCGGCGGCCGGAGCUCCAAGACGGGCGGCAAAAGCAGCACGACUCAAAUCCGCGUCACUCCUUAUCCCCGGCCAACCCAAUCAACCAUCGAUGCGAUGGAAUAUGAUGACCUGCUCGAGACCAGAACCGCCGUGUCGGUGACAGCGCCCCAUCCAUUCAACCGCGCCGACUCGGACAUGAUCUCGAUGCCGUCCUCCCGCCCCACCCCGGACCUGCGACACAUGAGCGUCGACUCGUCGGCUGCAAGCCAGGCCGGCUACUUUGACCUACCAGCCGGCACCUACGCCAACCGCCACUCGGGCCAAGCUCAGGGCGGCCUCGGCAUUCGCUCCAGCAUGGACUCGUCGACGACUGGCGGAUCAAACGUAGCCGAGCUGAUGAGCUCCACCACAGUCAACGCCGCCGCCGCCGCGACGAAGCGCGCCCGCCACGUGAGCAACGCCAGCGAGCUCUCGUCCAAGAGCAGCAGCGUUGAGCUCCCGGCGGCCGGUCUCGGAUCACCCGACCUCCCCGCCGAACUCGGCCAGGGCCAGCAGGUGGCGGAGCUACAGGCAGAAGAGGGUCCGGGAGGCGUGCGGAGGCGAGCGGCCAGCAGCGGGGCGUCUGCGCUGACGACCCUCGCACACCCGCCGAUGGUGCACCAGCGCGCCGGCCAGCAGCCGCUCGACGUGGUCAGCGAGAACUCCGAGGUCAUGCACGGUUAUUACGGCCCAUCUGAGCACAGCGGGCAGACCGAGGCUGGAUUGACGCUCGGGCAUGACAUCAGCUCGCCAUUGGAAACUCGGUUCCAGUUGGCAAAGUCAACGGAUGCAACAUAA